AUGGCGGAUCUCAUCGACCCCGGCACGGCCAAGCUGGUCCUUAUUGUCUCUCUCCUCUGGAUCAUUUCAUUCACUCUCCACAGCCUCUACGAGCUCAACGACAUCCUCUUCUAUUCCAUUGCCGGCGGAACUGCAUUCGUUGUCGCCGCCGCAAGCUGCGUCUGCCUCUCGGGCCUUACCGCCAUGGUCGUCUACUUUUCGGUCCUGGCCAAUAUUGCGAUUAUUGGCAGCAUUAUCAUGCUCAUUCCGGUUGUUCAGUAUCUUAUCCAGUGCAUUUCCUCUUUCUUCACUCGUGUCAAAAAUGUCUGUGAUCGAGUAAUGAGGUAUCUCAACGCGGUGGCCUUUUUCUUGGACAACCUUACUACGGCAGUGCAGUUAUUCCCUCCGUCAUUUUACAGAUUCCUUUAUGGACCCGAAGGUCUUGAGCCCCUAACUGACGAUUGA